AUGCGCUUCGCGGCCACCGUCCUUGCAGCUGUCGCAGCAGGCGGCUCUUUACCUCUAGCCUCUUCGUCUCCCCCUACAGCUCUUCACGAGACCGGCCGGUGCGCAAUUCGUGGCCAUUGCGGGAAGCAGGGCUUCUUCGGCUCAGAUCUGCCAUGUCCGGACAACGGCAAGGCUGCAGCUCCCUCAGAUACUGUUCGCGAAAAGCUGGUGAACCUUUGCGGGUCGAGGUGGCAAGACACUGAUGUGUGCUGUGAAGAGGAGCAAGUGGACGCCCUCCAAAAGAAUCUCAGACUGGCAGAAAGGAUCAUCGCCUCGUGUCCCGCUUGCAAGGAGAACUUCUUCAAUCUCUUCUGUACAUUCACAUGUUCCCCGGAUCAGUCAUUGUUCGUCAACGUCACGGGAACUGGCAAGGCCUCCAAUGGGAAAGACGUCGUUACAGAGCUGGACAAUGUAUGGUCGAAAGAAUACCAAAGCGGCUUCUACGACAGCUGCAAAGAGGUCAAGAAUGGCGCCAGUGGUGGCAAGGCAAUGGGCUUCAUUGGCGGUGGUGCGACGAACUACACGGAAUUUCUGAAGUUCCUGGGCGACAAGAAACUACUCGGCAGUCCGUUCCAGAUCAAUUUCCCGGAGAAGCCACGGUAUAGUGACGAUGAGGGCAUGAAACCGUCAGACCCGCGAGUCUAUGCAUGCAACGAUACCGAUCCCAACUUCCGAUGCAGCUGCGUUGAUUGUCCAGCAGUCUGUCCGACUCUGGAGCCUGUCAGUGCAGUCGACUAUUGCCAUGUUGGCAAACUCCCGUGUCUGUCAUUCGCCAUUAUCAUUGUCUACUCCAUCUGCCUUCUGCUUCUCAUAGCUGCUAUUUCUGGCCAUGUGGCUUACCGGAGACACAAACAAUGGAAGAGUGAGAGGAUGCAACUAUUGCAGGACGCAGCACCGAGUGAUGAUGAAGAUGAGGGGGAACUCGUCCACAAUGCAGGAGUUUUGGACAGACCGCAGAGGAACUACUAUCUAAACCACAUCUUCGACCGCGCUUUCAACAGGCUGGGCGGUUUUUGUGCACGAUAUCCAGGCCUAACCAUUGGAACGAACAUCGUCAUAGUUGGACUCCUCAGUCUUGGCUGGCUCAGGUUUGAAGUCGAAAGAGAUCCUGUCAAUCUGUGGGUCAGUCCCUCAUCGGAGGCAGCUCAGGAAAAGGCCUUCUUCGACCAGCACUUUGGUCCGUUCUACAGGACAGAGCAGGCAUUUCUGGUCAACGAUACCUCGACGAACAGUUCGGUCUUGAGCUACGAAAACCUUGAUUGGUGGUUUGACGUUGAACAACGCAUUUCGCGCAUGAUAUCGCCUGAGAAUGGGGUCAAGCUGGAUGAUGUCUGUUUCAAGCCAACGGGCUCCGCGUGCGUUGUGCAGUCUGUCAGCGGAUGGUUUGGCGCAGGCCUUGACCGUGACUGGAAAGAGCAGAUUCGGAAUUGCGCAGCUCAUCCAGGCGACCAGCUAUGCUUGCCAGAGUUCAUGGAUCCACUCCUGCCCGGCCGCGUCCUGGGAGGCUAUGACGGUAUCGAGAACGUCGCCAACGCGAAAGCCUUGAUCACGACGUGGGUUGUCAACAACGAUCAGCCCGGCACCGAAGCCGCAGCAAGGGCUGAAGAAUGGGAGCGAGCUCUCAAGCACGAGCUGCUGAUUGCCCAAGGAAGCGCCAGCUCCCGUGGUCUCCGCCUUUCCUUCAACACCGAAAUCAGUCUCGAAGAGGAAUUGAACAAGUCUACCAAUACAGACGCCAAGAUUGUCGCCAUCAGCUACGUCGUCAUGUUCAUUUACGCCUCGCUUGCCUUGGGGUCAGCGACUCUGUCAUUGAGGUCGCUCCUGAGCAACCCUGCGAAUGCUUUCGUCCAGUCCAAAUUCACGCUCGGCGUUGCAGGCAUUGUCAUUGUGUUGAUGUCUGUGUCCGGCUCCGUCGGUCUGUUUUCUGCGGCAGGGGUCAAGGUCACUUUGAUCAUUGCCGAAGUCAUCCCCUUCUUGGUCUUGGCUGUUGGGGUUGACAACAUCUUUCUCAUCGUGCAUGAGUUCGAACGCGUCAAUGUCAGUCAUCCCGAUGAAGAAAUCGACGUGCGUAUCGCAAAAUCUCUGGGACGAAUGGGCCCGAGCAUUCUCCUGUCGGCGUCAACCGAGACCAUUGCCUUCGCAAUGGGUGCGUUCGUCGGUAUGCCAGCAGUCAAGAAUUUUGCAGCGUAUGCGGCUGGUGCCGUAUUCAUCAAUGCUGUAUUACAAGUCACCAUGUUCGUCUCUGUCUUGGCGCUCAAUCAACGAAGGGUCGAAAGUCUUCGGGCAGACUGCUUCCCGUGCGUGACAGUCAGAGGAGCCAACUCGACCGGUAUGCCCGGUGGUCACUUCUUUGGCAGCGACGAGGAGGGCUGGCUGCAGCGUUUUAUCAGAAAGGUGUAUGCACCAAAGCUGCUGGACAAGAAAGUCAAAACGCUCGUGCUGACUUUCUUCGUCACUCUGUUCGCUGCCGGAAUUUCACUUAUCCCAAUGGUGCAGCUUGGACUCGACCAACGCAUUGCGAUCCCUCAGGAUUCGUAUAUGAUACAGUACUUCAACGAUUUGUAUGACUACUUCGGCUCCGGACCACCAGUAUACUUUGUCACUCGGCAUGUCAAUGUGACGGAUAGAGAGCAUCAGCGACAGCUCUGCGGCGGCUUCACCACAUGCGAUGAGUAUUCACUGGCCUAUGUUCUCGAGCAAGAAUCCAAGCGGCCCAAUGUCAGCUAUAUCAAUGCUGCCACGGCCAAUUGGUUCGAUGAGUUCUUCUACUGGCUCAAUCCCAUCUCGGACUGCUGUCAAGACGACAAUGGCAAUACCUGCUUCGGCGAGGACGAAUGGAACAUCACCCUGGGUGGAAUGCCUGAAGGGGACGAGUUCGUGAAGUACGCGCAGAAGUGGAUCCACGCGCCCACAGAUGAAGAAUGUCCGAAUGGAGGGCAAGCGGCAUAUUCGAAUGCUGUGGUCAUCGACAGUAACCAUACCGACAUUCCGGCCAGCCACUUCCGUACUUUCCACACUCCUUUACAGGGCCAGGACGACUUUAUCAACUCGUACGCCGCUGCCAGGCGGAUAUCGGCCGACAUCUCAGCACGUCACAACAUCGACGUAUUUCCUUACAGCAAACAUUACAUUUUCUUCGAUCAAUACAGCAGCAUCGUCCGCUUGACUGCCGCGCUUUUGUGCGUGGCAGUCGCCAUCAUCUUCGUCAUCUCUUCGCUGCUGCUAGGCUCUCUGCUCACGGGUACCGUGGUUGCAUUGACGGUAAUUAUGAUUCUGGUCGACAUCCUCGGUGUCAUGGCAGUGGCUGGCGUCUCACUCAAUGCCGUGUCACUGGUCAAUCUCGUCAUUUGCGUGGGCAUUGGUGUCGAGUUCUGCGCACACAUUGCCCGCGCGUUCAUGUUCCCCAGCAAGUCCGUCAUGGAGCGAGCAAGGCACAAAUUCCGGGGCAAGGAUAUUCGGGCCUGGGCCGCACUCGUCAACGUCGGCGGCAGUGUCUUUAGUGGGAUUACGAUCACCAAAUUCUUGGGCGUGGUCGUGCUGGCGUUCACCCGGAGCAAGAUCUUCGAGAUCUAUUACUUCCGGAUUUGGCUGGCGUUGGUGAUCUUUGCGAGUACCCAUGCCUUGGUGUUUUUGCCGGUGGCGCUGAGUUUUGCAGGCGGCGAUGGAUACAUCGAUCCCGAGAGCGAGGGUGGCCUUGAGGAGGAUCUGGCUAGCCGCCGGUACAGGAGUCUGCUACCGGACGAUGACUACUACGAUUCAGACGACGAUUAG